GGUGCAUACACUUGUUACAGACGUCUCAUUUUUGUUCUGCCUUUGACCCAGCAUCAAUCUAUUCCUUGUGUUCGACCUAGUAGGAGUCUUCACACGCCAUUCCACUCCCCAGACACCUCCUUUCACUAAUACUAAUCGAGCCGCGUCCUUGUCACUUUCUGCCGCGCCUUCAAAACGUGCCUGCGCGAUCAGAGAACCUUCCGGUGCAAGUCUGCAAUAUUUCACUCCAGCGAUGGCUUCUGUGAGUUCUCUUUUCUUUCAUCUCUCCCUCUACCUCUCUUACUCCUCCACCGAGCGGUCUACCUCGCAAUGCAUCCAUACAACGCAGGCAGAGGCUUCAUGCCAGUUGCGGUCCCUCCGCUAAUCCUGCGCCGCCCACAGCCACGCCCUCAAUUCCCAAACCAAGGCUAUCUACCCAACGGUACCUCUGGCCCGACACCUGGAGCGCAAGCUCUUCUUCCCAACAAUGGCCGAAUCAUUCAGGCCGGUUCCGUCCGGGUCCUCUGCAUUGCAGAUGUGAGAGGAAACCUGAGAUCUCUGAACGAAUUGGCAAGAACCGCAAGAGCCGACUACAUCCUUCACACUGGUGACUUUGGAUUCUACGACCACACAUCGUUAGAGAGAAUAGCUGAGAAGACUCUGAAACAUGUCGCACAGUAUUCGCCUCUGCUCAGUGAACAUGUCAAGCGACAGAUUGCUCAGCCUAAUCCGCCACGACCGAUCAAACAGAUGUUCUCACCAGACCAACUGCCUCUUUCGGAACUGCCUCUCCUACUCAACAAGCAGAUCACCUUGGACGUACCGGUCUACACGGUAUGGGGAGCUUGUGAAGAUGUUCGGGUCUUGGAGCGUUUUAGAUCAGGAGAAUACAAGGUGGAUAAUCUACACAUCAUUGAUGAAGUCAAUUCAAGAUUACUCGAUGUCGGAGGUGUAAAAUUGCGGUUGCUGGGCCUCGGAGGUGCUGUGGUCAUCCACAAGCUCUUCGACAAUGGAGAGGGCAAGACAUACAUUGCGGGCGGGCAGGGAACAAUGUGGACGACGUUGUUGCAGAUUGGUUCCCUGAUCGACACUGCGAACCGAGUCUACGAUCCUUCGGAAACCCGCAUCUUCUUGACUCACGCCUCACCCGCGAGAGACGGGAUUCUCAAUCAGUUGUCCGUCACUUUGAAGGCCGACUUCUCCAUCUCGGCGGGUCUGCACUUCCGAUAUGGCAGUUCCUACAACGAAUUCUCGGUCAACCCUUCUCUGGAUCAUUACCGUGGCAAAUUGGCUGCGUCGAAGGCAUCCUUCCAAGAUGUGUGGGAGACAGUGAAGGUUGACGUUGAACAAGCCAUUGAGUCCAACCCCAGCCACAAACAGCUGCUUCACAGUGCUCUCGACAUCAUUGAGAGGAUGCCCAGUACUGCCAAUGGAGGAAAUCCUUUUGGAGGCCCAGUUGGUGGAGGUGCUGCCGGUCAAGUGGAUGAGAGUGCAUUCAAGAACAUGUGGAACUUCAACCUUGCUGACGCUGCUUUUGGUUAUCUUGUUCUGGAGAUUGAAGGUGGCCGCAUUGGCACAGAAAUGCGUGCCCAGGGCUUCAACUUUGCUCAUCGCGGCAAACAACUCGGUUCAAACCAAGCUGGUCAACAACAGGGAUCUCCUGGACAAGUUACUACAGCUCCAGCGCCACCCAUGACAGCGCCGACUGGUCCAGCUCAAACCCGUACGCCAGCAUUCCCAGCUCCAGUGCAGCCAUUCCCGCAACAACAGAGACCGGGGCAACAGCCAGCAAGACCCAGCCAACCUGGUCAGCAAACAGCGGCUGCGAAAUCAGCCACUCCACCUACUACAGGAUCACCUGCCCCACCAGUGACUCAGGCCAAACCGCUGACACCGCAACCAUCAAGCAGCUCUGUACCAACUACCUCCGCACCUGACGCCAAGCCUGCCACUCCGGCCACAAAUGGCGCGGGUACAGACAAGGUCACCGAUAUCGAAACAUCAAAAGCUAAACCUGCAACUCCAAUGUUAGAGCGCAAGCCUCCUACCGCAUUGUACAUGUCCUUCGUCGACACCGAGCAGGCUGCCAAGGAAUGUUUGGCCGAGGAGGACCGUGAAAAGGUCAAAUCGAUUGUGCGGAUGGGCAAAUUCAGCAAUUGGAAGCUGCAAUUCGAAGACCACGAAACUGCACAAGGUGCUUUGACUCGCGCUCAGUCAGAGGUGCAGAAACACAAGGGACCCACCGGCAAACCUCCAAAGGUGGUGUUCUUCGAGGAACGAGGUGGUGGAAUUCAUCAGCGCGAUAGCCACAGCCAAGGUGGAGCGGGAACUUGGCAGGGUAGCGGCCGUGGCGCAUCCGCUGCUGGCACUGGCCCAUCCCGAGGUGGCUAUCAGAGCGGAGGUGCCAGUGAUAGUGAGGGUGGCCGUGGCCGAGGAGGAUUCCGUGGUCGCGGUCGAGGACGAGGUGACGAUCGAGGCGGUCGCGGUGGACGCGGUGGACGAGGUGGCUUCCAAACCAAGACAGCUGAAGGACCAUCGGACGCCAAACCAUCUUUCGAGUCAAAGCCAAGCGAGUCGAGAGCAGCAGCUACCCCAGGCGAAAAUUAAGCGACUGGACACUUGAUUUCGACAAACCGACAAUUUCAUUUUGUCUUAGUAUGGAGAGCGAAGAACACUUGACAGCGAAAUUUUCAGCGAAACUCAGGUAGGAUUGUGUGCAUUAUGAAGGCGCCAUAGGUUGUCAAAAUGGGGGACUUCGGCUGGAGUCGAGAGCAGGCUGAGGUUCGACCUGACAUGAGGGAUUCCCUUCCUGGGAUCAAAGGCAUUUCCUUCAUAACACGUGUAUUCUACUCUUUUCCCCUCUUGUUAGAAAAGACAAAAGUGAAUAGUGCUGAGGCUGGAGAGACAAGAGAUAACAAACGAAGAAAAUCAAAUGCCACGCUA